AUGGAAAACUACGAGUCUCCCUCAGAAGUUUUAAAAAAAAAAGAAAAAGAAAAAAGUGCAAAAUUAAAAUUUAUUGACAUUUUUAAUGAAAAUAAUGAAACAGAUAAAAACGAAAAAAAUAUUAUUAAUUUGGUUGAAAAUAAAAAAAAUAAAAAAAAAAAUAAAACAAAAAACAAAAAUGAACAUUUGUCUCUUUUUGACGAAGCUUAUAAUAUAAGUUUGAGUAAUUUUUUAAACUCAAACUUUGCUAAUAUUCACUCAAAUAUAGAUAAGAGUGAUCAUACUAUGAACGAAAAUUAUAAAAAUUUGAAUUUAUAUAAUGGAUAUACAUAUGAUAAUUACAAUAUUGGAUAUAUGGUUAGUGAAAUUUAUAGAUUAAAAGCAGAUUUAGAAGCUUCUAUUCAAAAGGAAAAUAAAAAAAAUGAGGAAAAUAAAAUUUUAGAAGAGAAGAAUUCCAUUUUAAGUGGAAGUAUUGAUAACAUGAAAAACGAAAUAGAAAAGUUGAAAAAUAUAUAUGAUGAAGAAAUUGAUAGAAUAAAAGAAUCGUAUGAUAGGAGAAUGAAUAUUUUAAAAAAUGAAAUGGAUGAAAAAGAAAAUUAUUUCAAGAAAAAAAUAGAUAAAUAUGAAAAGGAAUCAAAUAUGCAAUUGAAUGAUUAUGAAAAUAAAUAUUAUAAUGAAAAAAAAAAAAAUGAUGAAAAGGAUUCAUUAAUAGAAAAUUUAAUAAAAGAAAAAGAAGAGGUUACAAAAAAAAACAAAACUAAUAUAGAUUUAUACGAAAAGAAAAUAGAAGAAUUGGAUAGCAAUAUAAAGAAAUUAUCAAGUAUGUUAAAUAAAGAGCAAGAAGAGAAAAAAAAAUUAUUAACAACUAUUGAAAAAUAUGAAAAAGAAAAGAUAAAUUCUAAUAAUGUUAUUAAUCAAAAAAACGAUACAAUUAAAAACAUGGUAAAUGAUAUUUUAUUAGUAAAAAAUGUAUACGAAGAAUUAGUAAAAGAAAAAGAAUUAAAUGAUUUAAGUAAAAAAAAACUUGCUAAAAGAGUAGAAGAAAACGAAAAAGAUUUAUUAUAUUUAAAAAAUAGCAUUGAAGGAUACAGAGUAAAUAAUGAAAAAUUACGAAAAUAUAAUGAAAUUUUAAAUGAAGAUAUUAGAAAAAAGGAAAAAUUAAUCAAUACCUUACAAAAUGAAAAUAGCUUUUUAAAAAAAGAAAAUAUGGUAUUUAAUAAAAAUUUUUUAAGUAUAAAAAAAUCCAAGAAUAGCAAAGUAAAAAAUUAUUCUAGUGAUUCAACAGAUGUUCAAGGAAAAGAUGAACAGACAAAUGGUGACUAUGAAGAUGAAGAUGAAGAAGAAGAAAACCAAAAAGAUGAACAUGAAAAUGGAUAUGAAAUAAGAGAAUACAAAGAAGGAAAAGAAAAUCAGGAUAAUCAGGAAGACGAAGAUGAAGAUAAGGAUAGGUAUAAUGAAGAAGAUGACGAUGAUGAAGAAAAUGAGACUGAUGAAGAAAUAAAGGAAAGCAAUGAAUUAUCUGAAGGGAUUAAAUAUGUAAAUAAAAAGAGAGGAAAAAAAAAAAAAAUAUUACAAAAAAAAAAAGAAAUGUUAAAAAAGAAAAAAAUAUAUCCAAGAAAGAAAAAUAAUGAUAAUAAUAUAUGUUCUAUUAAAGAGAAUAUGUAUUCUAAUAAUUGUAAAAUAAAUGCUUGUGAAAAAAAUGGAAGUAAAGGAAAAUGUUUAGUAAAAGAUGAAAAUUGCAUUACUAACAUUGAAAAAAGAAAUAAUGGUAAUUAUUUAAGUAAUAAAAAUGAUAAUUAUUGCAACAGUUAUUCAACUAAUUUUAAUUGUCAUAAUAAUCAGAUUGAAAAUGAUGCUAUAGAAAAUAAAGAAAUCACAUUUUCUAAUGUAAAAAGUAAUUUAAUUAAUUUGAAUAAUUUAAAUUACCAUUUACUAAGAAAGUCACCAAGCUUAAAUUUUUAUUCAAACAUAAUAGAAAGUAAUAGAUUAGGAGAAAAAAAAAAAAAAAAAAAUUAUUAUUGUGAUUUAAAUAAUAGUAUUAUAUCUAACAAAGAAUUAAGUAGUAAUAAAUAUUUAUAUGAUUUAAAUCUAUAUAACUUAAGAAAGUGUAAAGUUUUUAGUUUUAGUAAUAAUCUAUCACAAGAAAAAAAAUUUUAUAGUAACAACACCCUUGAUAAUAAUAAAAACAUUUUAGGAAAUAUAAAUCAUUCCAAAUUAAAAAAUAAAAUUAAUAAAAAUUAUAAUAAUGAGAAGGAAAUUAUUCUUCAUAAUUUGAAAAAAAUUACUUCAAGUAGUUCUGCUAAUGAAGAAACAGAUAAGGAAAAAGAUAUUACAAAUAUACAUGAAUAUUAUAUAAAUGAAGAUAUUGAUAAGAACAAAACUAUUGAAUUUUUUCUUUCAAAUAUAAAAAAUGAAAAAUUGAAUUCUAAUAAUAUUAUAAAAAAAAAAGAAAGUUUAAAGAAAUUAAUAAGUGAAAAAAAUUUUUCCAGUAACAGUUUAACAAGGAAAGAUAAUAUUAAUGAACUAUUAAAUGAUAAUUUUUUAUAUAGUAACAGUUUGAUAAAAAGUAAAGAAAACAUAAAUAAAUUGUUCAAUGAAAAUUCCAUUCCUAAUAAUUAUAUUAUUGAGAGUAGUUAUAAUAAUUUUUUUAAACACAACAAACUUAAAAACUCCAAUAAUCAAAACGAUAUAAGAUCAUAUAUAUUGAAUAAAUAUAAAAACAAAAGUAAUAUAUAUGGUUUGUUUAUUAUAAAUGAAAGACUAAAAAAUAUUUAUAAAAAUAUUGAGAAUAAAAGGAAAUCAAUAAGCAAUUUUCCAGUAGAUUUAUCUAAAAUAGAAAGUGUAAAAAAUUUAAGUAAUUCUUUUAAUAUUUUAGAAGGAGAAUAUUCACGUAUUAAUGAAAAUGAAGAUUCACUCAUAUCACCUUCAAGAAAAAGCAAGAGAGAACAAUUUUCUGAUUUACAUGAAGAAAAUGAAAAUAAUAAAAUCAACUUAUUAAAUAAAUGCACAAUCAUUAAUGACUUAGAAAAAAAAAAGAAUGAUUCUAAUAGUUUAUUUAUUUUAGAAAAUAAUAAAAAUCUCAUUAAAAAUGAUAAUUUGAUAUUAUCAAAUAUGGAACUAUUAAAAUUCAACAACAAUAAUAGUUACUGUAAAACUCCUCUUAUUUCAUUUGAAAAUAAUAAAUCUAAUGAAAAUACAAACAAUAACUAUUUAUUGAAAAAUGAAAGGAUAUUAUCAAAAAAUGAAAAUAUAUAUGGAAGUAAUAAUUCUUCUUUUUUCUUCAAUAAUAUGAAAUUAGAAAAUGAGGAGAUUAUUUCAAAAAUAAAAUGCAAUGUAGAAUACAAGAAAAGUGAAAAAGAUGAUAAAAUUAGAAAUAUAGGAUAUAAAGAGAGUAAUGAUGCAACAAAAGAAAAUAUCAAUAAGGAUAUUUACAAAAAUGACAGUUGUAAACAAGAAAAUAAUGAAAAUAAUGAAAUUAAAGAAGAUGAAAAAUUUGGCACAGAAGAGGAUGAAACACUAUAUAAUGAACAUAACGAAAAAUACAAAGUUGCAGAAGAAGAAGAAGAACAAGAAGAAAGUAAAAACCUAUUAAGCAAGGAGAACAGAAAUAAUAAAAAAAAUAGAGAUAAUAAUGAGCUUGAAGAGAAAGAAAAAAUAUACAAAAAUUAUUUAUAUAAGAUAAAAAUGAAAAAUAUAAAUAGAAAUGAAGAAAUGAACUCAAAUGAAAAUAUAGAUAAGGAAAAAAAUAAUGUCUUGAAUUCAAGUGAUAUAUUUAAUACGAAUUUUGACAAUUUUUUGUUAUCAUAUAAAUCUAAAAAAAAAGAGUUGCAAGAUUCAUCAAUUAAAAACAAGAUAUUUGAUUUUUUAAAAAAAAAAAAUAAGCAGAUUGAUCAGCACUAUGAAAAUGAUGAUAGUAACGACAAAGAAAACUCUUAUUUUGAAAAUUAUUAUAGAAAAUUAAAACUUUUAAGAAAUAAAAAUACAGUGGAAAGAGAUAGUUUAAUAAAUAAAGAAAAUUAUUUUAAUGAUAAUUUAUCUCACAAUAAUAUUUUUCAAAGUGAAAAUAUACAUAUGAAGAAAACUUUUAAUUCUAGUGAUAUCUUGAAUAUGAUAAAUAAAAAUAAUGAAAGUGAAGAAUUUCUUUUUAAUAGUAAUUUUAUAGUUAAUAAUCAGAAAAAUAAAAGUAAUUUAGAAUAUCAUAAAAUCGUAAAAGAUGAAAAUGAUAGUGAAAGUUAUAUUAAGUUAAUAAAUGAUCAAAAAGAAAAUAUUAUUAAAACAAAAAUAGAAAAGAAUGAUAGCAUAAAUUUUAUUAAUAUAAACAAUAAUUUAACUAGUAAAAAUGAAGAAACUUUUAAAUCUCCAAAAGAUUGCAGUAGGUUUUCAAAUAGUAAUAAUUCAAAUAACAGUAAAGGUGUUGAUUUAAAUAUUUUAUAUUCUCACACUUAA